GACAUUUAGGGAGCAAAUCCAUGAUUUCUCCCGUCAGAGCCAGCUAUUGACUUCCAAACAUGCCUCGUCCGUGGAUAGCCGCAAGAACUUGGAUGUGUCGAUCCACUGAGUCACAACGCAGUCCGAUACCGGCAGCCCCUGUUUGAAGUAUGACUAUCAAGAAGGAAACGCUACAGGUCAAAUUCCAUGAACCAGACUCUUUUGAGCUCCAGAACACCAGCCGCCCCAUUCAUUGAAAAUUAUAAGGGCAUAUCACCAAACCAAAGUCAAACCUCCGCGAUUAACCGGCAUCUCGGGAUCACAGCCCACAAUAUCAAGAUACGGAUGGCAAGCAACAGCCCAACAUUUCGCAUCACCCCAGCCCGUACUGCAGAUCACAUAGAAGCAGCCAAAGUCCUUUUUAAAUCCUACGCUGAAUGGCUAGGGAUCGACCUGACCUUCCAAGGCUUUGCCUCCGAGCUACAAUCCCUCCCUGGCCAAUACGCUGCACCGCAGGGGGAGUUACUACUAGCCUAUAGUGCCGAAGAUGUCCCGAUUGGAUGCGUGGCUGUUCGUCCUCUCAAGAAGAGUUCAAGUGCAGAACGACAAGACCUGUCAGAUGAUGGAAAGCAUUGUGAGAUGAAGAGAUUGUAUGUCUCCCCCGAAGCGCGGGGAACGGGACUGGGGAAAGUCCUGGUAAAUUCCAUUGUUCAAAGAGCGAGGGACCUUGGGUACAGGGAGUUGAGACUCGACACUCUUCCCUGGAUGGCGGGCGCUAUUCAGCUAUAUAAGCGGGUGGGAUUCGUGGAAAUCGCUCCUUACUAUGAGACUCCUUUGGAGGGAACGCUCUUCCUUGGAUUAGAUCUCGCACGAAGUACAGACCCGACUGACUGCUAGUUAGCUAGGUGUUUGAUAAUAAUCUCUGAGUAAGUAAUGAUCCCAAAUCCUAGAAAUAUCUAGCUAAGGUAAACAGCCGCCGCCUCCUCAAGAC